CGGGCGCGGGGCCGGCGCGCGCGGCGGGCGUUUCGGGCGGCGCGGGGCCGCGGCCUAGGCCUCGGCGGCGAGUGCGGGCCUGCGUGCCCGGCGGCGGCGGCGGCAUGAGCGUGGAGGCGUACGGGCCCAGCUCGCAGACGCUCACCUUCCUGGACACGGAGGAGGCCGAGCUGCUGGGCGCCGACACGCAGGGCUCCGAGUUCGAGUUCACCGACUUCACCCUCCCCAGCCAGACGCAGACGCCCCCCGGCGGCCCCGGCGCGGGCGGAGCGGGCGCGGCGGGCGCGGCGGGCGCGGCCGGACAGCUGGACGCGCAGGUGGGCGGGCCCGAGGGCAUUCUGCAGAAUGGGGCUGUGGACGAGAGUGUGGCCAAGACCAGCCAGCUGUUGGCCGAGCUCAACUUUGAGGAAGAUGAGGAGGACACGUACUACACGAAGGACCUCCCUGUGCACGCCUGCAGCUACUGUGGCAUCCAUGACCCGGCGUGCGUGGUAUACUGCAACACCAGCAAGAAAUGGUUCUGCAAUGGCCGCGGAAACACUUCCGGCAGCCACAUCGUGAAUCACCUGGUGCGAGCCAAGUGCAAGGAGGUGACACUGCACAAGGACGGGCCCCUGGGCGAGACGGUGCUUGAAUGCUACAACUGCGGCUGCCGCAACGUCUUCCUGCUCGGCUUCAUCCCCGCCAAGGCCGACUCGGUGGUGGUGCUGCUGUGCCGCCAGCCCUGUGCCAGCCAGAGCAGCCUCAAGGACAUCAACUGGGACAGCUCGCAGUGGCAGCCCCUCAUCCAGGACCGCUGUUUCUUGUCAUGGCUGGUGAAGAUCCCGUCGGAGCAGGAGCAGCUGCGGGCCCGGCAGAUCACAGCCCAGCAGAUCAACAAGCUGGAGGAGCUGUGGAAGGAGAACCCGUGCGCCACGCUGGAGGACCUGGAGAAGCCGGGCGUGGACGAGGAGCCACAGCACGUGCUGCUGCGCUACGAGGACGCCUACCAGUACCAGAACAUCUUCGGGCCGCUCGUCAAGCUGGAGGCCGACUACGACAAGAAGCUCAAGGAGUCCCAGACUCAAGAUAACAUCACGGUCAGGUGGGACCUGGGCCUUAACAAGAAGAGAAUCGCCUACUUCACUUUGCCCAAGACUGACUCUGGUAAUGAGGAUUUAGUCAUAAUUUGGUUAAGAGACAUGCGGCUCAUGCAGGGGGAUGAGAUCUGCCUGCGCUACAAGGGGGACCUGGCGCCCCUGUGGAAGGGCAUCGGCCACGUCAUCAAGGUCCCGGACAGACAGGACUUAACUCGCGUCGCAGAUUAUGGCGACGAGAUUGCCAUUGAGCUGCGCAGCGGGGUGGGCGCGCCCGUGGAGGUGACCCACAACUUCCAGGUGGACUUCGUGUGGAAGUCCACGUCCUUCGACAGGAUGCAGAGUGCCCUGAAGACGUUUGCGGUGGACGAGACAUCGGUGUCCGGGUACAUCUACCACAAGCUGCUGGGCCACGAGGUGGAGGACGUGAUCGUGAAGUGCCAGCUGCCCAAGCGCUUCACGGCCCAGGGGCUCCCGGACCUCAACCACUCACAGGUGUACGCCGUGAAGACCGUGCUGCAGAGGCCGCUGAGUCUGAUCCAGGGCCCGCCCGGCACGGGCAAGACCGUCACCUCGGCCACCAUCGUCUACCACCUGGCGCGGCAGGGCAAUGGGCCCGUGCUCGUGUGCGCGCCCAGCAACAUUGCGGUGGACCAACUGACCGAGAAGAUCCACCAGACUGGGCUGAAGGUGGUUCGGCUCUGCGCCAAGAGCCGCGAGGCCAUUGACUCACCUGUGUCCUUCCUGGCCCUGCACAAUCAGAUCCGGAACAUGGACAGCAUGCCGGAGUUGCAGAAGCUGCAGCAGCUCAAGGACGAGACGGGGGAGCUGUCGUCAGCAGAUGAGAAGCGGUACCGCGCCCUGAAGCGCACAGCCGAGCGGGAGCUGCUCAUGAAUGCCGAUGUCAUCUGCUGCACGUGUGUGGGGGCUGGCGACCCCCGGCUGGCCAAGAUGCAGUUCCGCUCCAUCCUCAUCGACGAGAGCACGCAGGCGACUGAGCCCGAGUGCAUGGUCCCUGUAGUCCUGGGGGCCAAGCAGCUCAUCCUCGUGGGCGACCACUGCCAGCUGGGCCCCGUGGUGAUGUGCAAGAAGGCGGCCAAGGCCGGGCUCUCUCAGUCACUGUUUGAGCGCCUGGUGGUGCUGGGCAUCCGGCCCAUCCGCCUGCAGGUGCAGUACCGCAUGCAUCCUGCGCUCAGCGCCUUCCCUUCCAACAUUUUCUAUGAGGGCUCCCUGCAGAACGGCGUCACCGCGGCGGACCGAGUGAAGAAAGGCUUUGACUUCCAGUGGCCACAGCCUGACAAGCCGAUGUUCUUCUACGUGACACAGGGCCAGGAGGAGAUUGCCAGCUCGGGCACCUCCUACCUCAACCGGACGGAGGCGGCCAACGUGGAGAAGAUCACCACGAAGCUGCUCAAGGCGGGGGCCAAGCCCGACCAGAUCGGCAUCAUCACGCCCUACGAGGGCCAGCGCUCCUACUUGGUGCAGUACAUGCAGUUCAGCGGCUCCCUGCACACCAAGCUCUACCAGGAGGUGGAGAUCGCCAGCGUGGACGCCUUCCAGGGCCGUGAGAAGGACUUCAUCAUCCUGUCGUGCGUGCGUGCCAACGAGCACCAGGGCAUCGGCUUCCUCAAUGACCCUCGGCGGCUGAAUGUGGCGCUGACGCGUGCGCGGUACGGGGUGAUCAUCGUGGGCAACCCCAAGGCCCUGUCGAAGCAGCCGCUGUGGAACCACCUACUGAACUACUACAAGGAGCAGAAGGUGCUGGUCGAGGGGCCCCUCAACAACCUGCGCGAGAGCCUCAUGCAGUUCAGCAAGCCCCGGAAGUUGGUCAACACCAUCAACCCGGGCGCCCGCUUCAUGACCACGGCCAUGUAUGACGCCCGCGAGGCCAUCAUCCCGGGCUCCGUGUACGACCGCAGCAGCCAGGGCCGGCCCUCCAGCAUGUACUUCCAGACCCACGACCAGAUCGGCAUGAUUGGUGCGGGCCCGAGCCACGUGGCCGCCAUGAACAUCCCCAUCCCCUUCAACCUGGUCAUGCCGCCCAUGCCGCCGCCCGGCUACUUCGGACAGGCCAACGGGCCGGCUGCAGGCCGGGGAACUCCCAAAGGCAAGACGGGGCGCGGGGGCCGCCAGAAGCACCGCUUCGGCCUGCCGGGACCGGGCCCCGCUGCCCUGCCCAGCAGCCAGGCCAGCCAGGAUGCCGUGUCGCAGGCCUUCUCGCAGGGCGCGCUCACGCAGGCCUACAUCUCCAUGAGCCAGCCCUCGCAGAUGAGCCAGCCCGGCCUCUCGCAGCCCGAGCUCUCCCAGGACAGCUACCUCGGCGACGAGUUCAAGUCCCAGAUUGACGUGGCCCUGUCCCAGGACUCCACAUACCAGGGCGAGCGGGCCUACCAGCACGGGGGCGUGACGGGGCUGUCCCAGUACUAGCAGGUGGCGGCGGAAGAGCUAAGCUACGUGGCUUAGUCCAGCAGCAUCUUAUUCUGGGUAAUAAAAAAUAAAACUCAAUGGAUACCUGUUUUCCACUGCUAAAACCGAAGCCCCGCUGGGAGCCGCAGGAGGGAGGAGCCCGAGAGGAGAGGAGAGGAGAGAGGAGCAGCGCCAUGGCCGCCGCGCAGCGCGGGCAGGAGACAGCGGGAGCAGGGCCGCGUGGAGCCGCGCAGGAGGCCCCGCCGCGGGCGCCCAGGCCUGCAGGGUGGCGGGAGGCGACCUGGCCGAGAGCAGCCCUUUCCUCCUUCUGUUUCUGUUUCUCUUGAUGGAAGGGGGCUACGUUUUAGCAGGGAACGGCCACCCCUCCAUGCUGGGCAGGCUCCUGCGGGCGGGCGGUGCCCCAGGAGGUGGGACUGUGGGGCCGGCGCCGCCCCGCUGCCUGUGUUCUAAGAGGGUUUCAUUUAAAGAAAAUAAGGUGUUUUGGGUUUUUGGUUUUUGUUUUGUUUUUGUUUUUUUUUUUAAGAUACUUUCAAAGGAGUACUGAAAUGCCUUCCUGAGUUUGUCUCUUAGUGGUGGACCUGGGAGAUUUCGAGAAGCUUCCAGCAGCGAGUGUAAACAGGCCAGCAAGGCUCCACUUAGGACCACCUGGUGAGGCGUCAAGAAUGCGAUGGUCGCCACGCCGGCCCCACGCAGCCGGCCCCACGCAGCCUCGCAGGACUGGCGUGGGCGGUGCCUCCCAGCCCCUCCCAGGAGUUGGAAGCCUGUGCCGGGAGGGCCAUGCUGCCGGACACCCGAGCGCCCCAGCCCUGCUCGCCCACCCCAGCGUUGGGAGCCUCUGCCAGCACCGUCUCCCCUAGGGAGGAGAGCGCGCCAGGAAGCAGCACCCUAGCUGGGCCGCCGCCUGCAGCUCCCUUCCUCGCACCUGACGCUGGUGCCGUCCCCACGCCUUGAGUCCAGCUACAUGCAGCAGAGGGGACAUGACCUGGGGGGCUCCGGGCCGGCGCUCCGAGUGUGGGGCUCCGUGCCGCACCCCCUCCGUUGCUCCAACGCUUUGCCUCGCCUGUGUGGUCAGCACCUGCCCAUCUCUGCAGCGGGCCGCAGUUCCCGUCGGGUGGGGGGGCGUCUGGACCAGGCAAUGGAACUUCCGAUUCUGGUCACUUUGUUUUUAAGCUCCUUUGUCACCAAUAAAAUCUUAAACAGC